GAGCUCCGCUCCGAGCUCAGCGCUGUGCCCGGGGCGGGUGGCGGCCGCGGAGCCGCCCUUGGCUCGGGGUUUGGCAGCUCCUGUGCCCCCGGGGCGGGUUUGGAUCGGCGGCUUAAAAUAACAGCGAUCGCUUCAGAGAACUUUUAGCAGUUUGUCCCCGGCUUGAGGAAAGGCGUUAAGUCUUCAGGGAGCGGCACACCGUCCUAAAAUUUUCAAUUGUAUGCCUACUAGUUGUAAUUGCUGUGGUGUGAGCAGAGCCGUGGGGGUUGUGGCUAUUUUUCUGCCACCAGUAGUCACAGACCUUUCACUACUGCAGCUGACUGCACAGGAAUCCCAUUCUGCUUUCAGCAGAGUUCACUCUGGUAUCAGGAGAACAGCCUCUGGUGUCAUGCAGUACACACACAGCUGUACAAAAGCCAGCAUCACAUCUGGCUUAGAGAGGUGCCCCCAGCUGAGGGGUGGGCCUCAAAAGGAGCAUCACCAGGGCUGCUGGCCCCAGUCCUGUUGCGGUGUGCAGAGCUGAGCUGCUUCUGCUGGAGUGCUGCGGUGGUGCUCGUUCCCACUUGGAGCACUUUGCAGCCUUCCCUCAGCCAGGAGCAUGGUCUGAGCAGAGCCUGGAGUUUAGAAACCUUCAACUCUUGGGGUUUUUCUUACGGCAUCGAACGAAUUGGUUGCUUUCACCAAGGAGGAGUCAUAGCAGGCGUAACUCUCUCUUUGCUUUAUAUGAAAUAUCACACAGAAUCACAGAGUGGCCCAGAUUAGAAGGGACCUCAAGGCUCAUGAAUCUCCAAUCCCCCUGCCACAUGCAGGGCCACCAACCUCCACAUUUAAUACUAGACCAGGUUGCCCAGGAAUCUGGCCUUGAACACCUGCAGGGACGGUGCAUCCACAACCUCUCUGGGCAGCCUGUUCCAGCACCUCACCACUCUCCUAGUAAAGAACUUCCCCCUGACAUCCAACCUAAAUCUUCCCUCAUAUAAUAUAUGAAAUAGCUACCUGGCUGCUUCUUUUACGAAUGGUGUGUUAAAUGGAGGGAGGAAAAUGCCACAGGUAUGUUUAAACAGUUAAUAUUAAACUGCAGAAGAGGAACAGAGUAUUCUAUUCCAUUGGGGGUUUCAGCGCUGGCUUCUGUCUGAUACUUUACCUCUCGGUAGCGAUGUGCAGUGUGUGAGAAAACACAGCAGGAUGCCCACUGCGUUUAGAUGGUGCACUGUGCAAGGGAACUAGAUAACCAUCUGUCUGUUUGUUUUAACUGUUGUGCUGUCCCUGGAGAAAUCCUUCCCAGUAGUCAAAGCGCUUGCUUGUUUUUAACUAUGAAUGCUUAUUUCAUUUUAGGGUGUACUAUGACUGGCUUCAGGCUCCCCAUCACUGUGUUUAGAAAACUGAAUGUUUGGGUUGGACUGUGGGAGAAAUUCCCCUCUAAUAAACUCUUUCCCUCUUGGAGAAGAAGCAUUUUCUGUAGCUGUCAGGCAAGCACAAUAAAUGACCGAAGAUGGUUUAGCUUUUUCCCAGUAAAACUCUGCACACUAAGACUUUCUCCAGAGUAUGUCUCAGUACUCUCUCUGCGGAACAAAAGUAGCAAAAGCUCUAAGAGGAACAGACAAACUGUACAGGAGGAGGAGGAGGAGGAGGAGGAGGCAGAUGAACAAGAAAGUGAUUUGGAAGAUGAAUUGGAAAAUGACCCCAACGUAGUAAAAGAUUACAAAGAUCUUGAAAAAGUGGUGCAGUCUCUACGAUAUGACGUGGUCAUGAAAGCUGGCUUAGACAUUGCAAGAAAUAAAGUAGAAGAUGCAUUCUACAAUAAUGAACUCAGGCUGAAUGGAGAAAAACUAUGGAAGAAAAGUAGAACUGUGAAAAUUGGUGACACGCUGGAUCUCUUAGUAGGUGAAGAUAAAGAAACAGGAACUGCUGUAGUGAUGCGGGUAGUCUUAAAAAAAGUAUCUAACAAGACUGAGAGUGAAAAAUACAGAGUAAUUUUAAGACGUUGGAAAAACUUGAAGGUGCCCAAACAGGACGUACUGAAGUAGCGGGGAGAUGCAUGUGGCAGCAUGAGAUUUGUUUUGCAGAAAACCAUAUUGUUUGUUGUUAAAUACGAAUUUUGGUUAAACAAAAUGACAGUACCCUUUUUUAAGGGCUCGUGUUAGAAAUAUCUCCCUCUGCUGUGUACAUCAAUGCUCUGUGGUAAAUGCCUGUCACUUCUUGCAGUUAGUUUUGUUUCAUGAUACUGUGGGAUAAAAUACUCUGCCCUCAUAUCUCCAGGCAGUUUCCUUACAGACGUUAUAUAAAAUGACUCAAUAAAGACAAAUUUGAUCACUGUUUAA